GGCCCCCACGAGUCGCUCUCGUCUCUUAGCAACCGGACGCACUGCCCCCUCCCGUUCCGCUCGCCGCGGUGCGUUAUGGGAUGGGAUCGUGGGCGAGACUGCUGCCCGGAGCCUGUGCGGUGCGGGCCCGUUACUGGCUCCCCUGCUAGCGGGGCCGCAGGGCGGGCUCCCGGACCAGGUAAAAAUGAUGCAAAAUGUCCACCUGGCACCUAAAGCAGAUGAAGAUGAUCUUUAUUCGGGCUACAAUGAUUAUAACCCCACCUUUGACACAGAGGAUUUAGAAAAUGACACAGCUUUUCAGCAGGCUGUGAGAACUAGUCAUGGUAGAAGACCCCCAAUAACAGCCAAAAUUCCAGGCACAUCAGCUUCACGACCUUUAGCUACAGGAUUUGGGUCAAAGACAGCAUUAUCGUCAUCAAUGGGAAGACCAAUGACAGGAGCUAUACAGGAUGGAGUUGCUCGACCUCUAACAGCAGUUCAUGCAGCAGGUUACACUAAAGCAGCUUUGAGAGGUUCUGUAUUUGAUCCCCUUGGUCAAGCAAGAGGUCCUGCUCCUCCUUUAGAAAUGAAAAAUGAAGAUACUCCAGAAGAAAAGAUUAGACAGUUAGAAAAAAAAGUGAAUGAGUUGGUUGAAGAAAGCUGCAUUGCCAACAGCUGUGGAGACUUAAAAUUGGCUCUGGAAAAGGCAAAAGAUGCUGGAAGAAAGGAAAGAGUGUUGGUGAGGCAACGUGAACAAAUUGCAUCUCCAGAAAACAUCAACUUAGAUCUCACUUACUCAGUUCUUUUCAAUUUGGCCAGCCAAUAUUCUGCUAAUGAAAUGUAUGCUGAAGCACUAAAUACAUAUCAAGUCAUAGUGAAAAAUAAGAUGUUCAGCAACGGAGGCAGACUGAAGGUGAAUAUGGCAAAUAUUUAUUUAAAACAACGAAACUAUUCAAAAGCUAUCAAAUUCUACCGCAUGGCUCUAGAUCAGAUUCCAAGUAUCCAUAAAGAAAUGAGGAUUAAAAUAAUGCAGAACAUUGGAGUUGCAUUUAUUAAAACUGGCCAGUACACUGAUGGCAUUAGUUCCUUUGAACACAUAAUGAGCACAUCUCCAAACCUGAAAGCAGGCUUCAACCUGAUCCUUUGUUAUUUUGCCAUUGGAGACCGUGAACAAAUGAAAAAAGCUUUCCAAAAACUGAUCACUGUUCCAUUGGAAAUUGAUUAUGAUGACAAAUAUAUUUCACCAAAUGAUGAUCCACAUACUAACCUAUUGAUUGAAGCCAUUAAAAAUGAUCAAUUAAGGCAAAUGGAACGUGAAAGGAAAGGCAUGGCAGAAAAAUAUAUCAUGACAGCUGCAAAAUUGAUUGCACCUGUGAUUGAAACCUCCUUUGCCAUAGGCUAUGACUGGUGUGUUGAAGUAGUAAAAGCUUCCCACUAUGUAGAGUUAGCCAAUGACCUGGAAAUAAAUAAAGCAAUUACAUAUUUGAGGCAAAAGGACUUCUAUCAGGCUGUGGAGACUUUAAAAAUGUUUGAAAAAAAGGAUAGCAGAGUAAAAAGUGCAGCUGCAACAAACCUUUCAUUUCUUUAUUAUUUGGAGAAUGAAUUUGCACAAGCAACCAACUAUGCAGAUUUAGCUGUGAAUUCUGAUAGAUACAACCCAUCGGCUCUCACUAAUAAAGGAAAUACUGUGUUUGCAAAUGGAGACUAUGAAAAAGCAGCAGAGUUUUAUAAGGAAGCUUUAAGGAAUGAUUCCUCAUGCACUGAAGCACUUUACAAUAUAGGUUUAACAUAUAAAAAGUUAAACAGAAUAGACGAGGCUUUGGAUUGUUUUCUGAAACUUCAGGCAAUCCUUCGAAACAGUGCCCAAGUUCUCUACCAAAUAGCAAGCUUAUAUGAAAUAAUGGAGGAUCCCAACCAAGCCAUAGAGUGGCUCAUGCAGCUUAUCAGUGUAGUUCCAACUGAUUCAUAUGCACUGUCGAAACUAGGGGAAUUGUAUGAUAAUGAAGGUGAUAAAUCCCAAGCUUUUCAGUAUUACUAUGAGUCAUAUCGGUAUUUCCCUUCGAACAUUGAGGUCAUUGAGUGGCUUGGAGCCUAUUACAUUGAUACCCAGUUUUGUGAAAAAGCCAUUCAGUACUUUGAGAGAGCAGCACUUAUUCAACCAACACAAGUGAAAUGGCAACUGAUGGUUGCUAGUUGUUAUAGAAGAAGUGGUAACUACCAAAAAUCUCUAGAUACAUAUAAGGAAAUACACAGAAAAUUUCCAGACAAUGUUGAAUGUCUACGGUUCUUAGUUCGUCUCUGCACAGAUAUGGGACUGAAAGAAGUUCAAGAAUACGCGACAAAGCUCAAGAGAGUGGAAAAACUAAAAGAAAUAAGGGAACAGCGUGUUAAAUCUGGCAGAGAUGGCAGUGCGCGUAGCCGCAGAGAAGGGAGUGGUAGCGGGGAUAGUGGCGGUAGUGCUAAAGGGGAACGACUAAGUGCCAAGCUGAGGGCUCUGCCUGGAACAAAUGAGCCCUAUGAAAGCAGCAGUAAUAAAGAAAUAGAUGCUUCCUAUGUAGAUCCACUUGGACCACAAACAGAGAGACCAAAAACUGCAGCAAGAAAAAGAAUGGAUGAAGAUGAGUUUGCUGAUGAAGAGUUAGGAGAGGAUUUGCUUCCAGAAUAAUGUACAGUACAGGAUAACAUUUAUGUAUUUUGAAAGUUUUAGCAGAAAAAUAUUCAGAAAUAAUAAUUUUAUAUUAGAAACUGAUAAAAUGUUUGAGGAAAAAUUCAUGUUGUAUUUAUGGUAAUGUACAUAUAAAAUUGUGAAUUUGGAGUCAAGAGUUUCUAUUAUAAUCAAUAAAAACAGUAAAAAAAAUGAGUUUUUUGU